UGGUUCAAAUCAAAGAUGCCCUGUUUUGUCCUCUGGUCGUUUCAUGUGGUUACGAUUUGAAACUUAUAAGACUGUUAGGACUGAUCCAUUUUGGCCGAAUACGAAUGCAUUUCGUGCAACGUUUACUGCCAUUAAACAAGYUCCAGAGAAGCUGCUCCAAGGAAAUGGAACAUUCAACAUUUCAUUGACAGAACAAGAUCUUCGCACAAACCUUUCCCACAUCAAGUGUUUGUGGAACCUGACUGCGCCAUCGAAAACCUUCAUCAACCUGUCGAUAGAAUUGACUUCACCCGUUAGGCAAGGAUGUUAUCUGCAGGAACGUCUAGAAGUUAUCGAUGGACCACAAUUGGGYGGACCCCUAUUGACAUCAAGGAACCAUUCUCUCMAAGCAAGAGCGGUUACAUCUAGUGGACAGCACCUUUUGCUGAGGCUUCUUCCUAAUCAACAAGGAACAAGUUGCUUGUUUCAAAUACAUUUUAGAAUAUGGCGCAACAUAAGUGAUGCACCGAUACUUCAACGAACAACUCCAUCAAUGGCGUCCCCGACUUCGAGUUUCAACAUUAGCAAUUUCACAACGCAAGGCGAUAUUGAACUUUCCCAACGUACAGAGGAUUCUGCAGGAAUUAAAGCUGGAAUAGGACUUGGCUCUAUACUUCUUGUAUUGAUUGUCCUUUCUAUAAUUACCUUUUGGAAGAAGAAACAAAGAACUAAAUACAAAAGGUAAC